AUGUCAGCGCCCAUUGCCUCGACGCCAUCUAAGCGGAAGAGGGAGGAUUCCAUCUCCUCGACAAAGGAUGUGAAACUGCCCCCAGCUCGCAUUGCGCGCCUGGGCGACGCGGCUGCAAAGAAGAGGGUUAGCACGGUGCGCGACACCCUGCGUACUCCUCUGGGCAACAAGACAAACAUGAUAGAAGAAUCCUCGAAUGGACUCGGCAAGGUCAAUCUCAAAACUCCCCUUCAAUCCAAGAUGCGAGACACCGGCAAGACGCCGCAGACCCAAGCACGCAUCGCGAAGAUUCCUGGUGCGGCUGGUGCUGGGGUGGCGCAAUCGGCGGUCGCCGGACGCGCUAAGCCUCUCGAUCGCCUGCGGCCCGGUCCGCCGAAGCUCUCUCUGCCGGCUCAGACGCCACAGGGCAUCAACAAGAUCUCCAUAAUCGAGAACAAGGAGAACCUGCCUGUUCCGAGUGGAUCUCUAAGCAGCCUGAUCGAGCAGGCCGGCUUCGAGGAAAGGGCCAAAACGCUGGAGGACGAGUUUGCACGCAAGAACAAGGAGGCUGAAGAUGCCUGGAACUGUACGUAG